CUCACACACUCUCACACUCACACACACACUCUCUCUCUCUGAUCAAUCAGCUGCUCUGGUCUCUGAUCAGUCUUCCGGUUGUUCGUAUCGAUCCUCCGGGUUGUGUUCGUGUCUGGUUCUGGUUCCGGAUGCUUGUUCCGGAACUUCCUCCGUGCGGAGCCUCGGAGUCUCAGUUAGCUGUUAGCUGUUAGCUGUUAGCUGUUAGCUGUUAGCUGCUAGCUGUUAGCUGUUAGCUGCUAGCUGUUAGCUUCAUCUCCAGCCUCCGGUCCACACCGACGCCCUCCCGCUGCCGGACGGACCGAGCAGCUAGCUUAGCACCGGGUAACUAGCCGGUUCGGUUCUGUUAGCAGUUAGCAGCUAGGCUAACCGGGUAGCUGUUAGCAGCUAGCAGCUAGGCGGUAGCCUCGGUCCUCCUCAUGCCGGCGAUGCUGGAGAGAAACCCGGAGGCUCCGGGGAAGAGGAGAGGCAGAGGCCCGGCGGGACCCGGGGCCAAGAGCCUGUCCGGGAACGGAACCAGCACCACCGGCUGCUGGGAGGAAGGAAGCUCCGGGUCCAGCAGCGACGAGGAGCACGGUGGAGGAGGGAUGCGGGUCGGACCGCAGUACCAGGCCGUGGUUCCGGACUUUGACCCGGAAGUGUCCCAGGCAGCUCAACUCAGAGAAAACCUGGGCAUGUUGGUUUGGAUCCCCAGCAGCUGUCUGAACCAGACUCAGUUGGACGAGUACAUUGCCAUCGCCAAAGAGAGACACGGCUACAACAUGGAACAGGCUCUGGGGAUGCUCUUCUGGCACAAACACAACAUUGAGAAAUCUCUGGCCGACCUGCCAAACUUCACUCCCUUUCCUGAUGAGUGGACGGUGGAGGACAGAGUCCUGUUUGAACAGGCCUUCAGCUUCCACGGGAAGAGCUUCCACCGCAUCCAGCAGAUGCUACCUGAUAAGUCCAUGGCCAGUCUGGUUCGGUUUUAUUACUCCUGGAAGAAAAGUCGCAGUAAAACGAGUCUGAUGGACCGACAGACACGAAAACACAAGAGAGAGAGAGACGACAGCGACGAAGAAGUCGAGGACAGAAACAUAAAUCCUCCCAGUGACUCGGAGCUCGACCCAAAUAAAGACGACAAGAAGGAGGUGAGUUCUGGGUCAGAGAGGUCAGAGGUCAAACCAGCUUCUGGACUGAAGACAGGAAGCAAGGCAUCUCAGCGGUUGAAGAAACGUCCUCCUAAAGGAAUGUUCUUGAAUCAGCUGGACGUUGUUUCUCUCUCGUCUUCGUCUGCUCAGGGUCUCAUCAGACAACUGGACUGUCAGCUGGUCUCCAUUAAAAGACAGAUUCAGACCAUCAAACAGUCAAAUGGCUCUCUGAAGGAGAAAGUCAGCUCAGGAGUCGACGAGUACAGACAGCCUGAGGUAAAUCAGAAGUUUAACACUCGUUGGACCACAGAGGAGCAGCUGCUCGCUGUACAAGCCAUCAGGAAGUAUGGGCGGGACUUCCAGGCAAUCUCAGAUGUGAUUGGUAACAAGUCGGUGGUUCAGGUGAAGAACUUCCUGGUGAACUACAGACGGAGGUUUAACCUGGAUGAGGUUCUUCAGGAGUGGGAGGCAGAACACGGGAUGGAGGGGGGAGACAGGAGAGGAGGAGAGGAGGACAAGAUGGAGGACAAGAUGGAGGAGUGUCCUGCUGAGGAGGAGGAGUUCACUUCCACAGAGACCAAGGAGGACUCGUCCUCUCCGAUGGACUCCCAGAAGCCUUUGCCAUCUUGACUCUCUGACUCCGCCCUCUGGUUUAAUGAUGUCAUCAUGAGUUUAUUAUUUCGUUUUAGAGUGUUGGACUUUUAUUGGUCAGUUAUGAGGUUUGUGUCAUGAACCUUUCAUCACUGCCCUCUCCGGACCAAUCAGAAAUCAAAGUGGGUGGGGCCUGUUUUCUCUUUCACGUAUAACAAUGUUUUAUGUUUUUAAACUUUGGGGGCGGGCUUUGCCACAUUGGUUGAUGUCACUCAGGUAGCGGGCGUGACAAAAACAAAAACUUCAUCAAUAAAUGAAUUUGUUUCUUCUUUA